CUGGGAGCCUUCAUGGCUUCAUGCGGGGGUCAAGCAGAAAAAGCCCAGCCCAAUUAAAACCCUAGACUUCCUGGCGUGCUAUAAAAGCAGGUGGCCGCCGCCUUUGCCUUGCUCACCCUGCCCUUCUGUGUACGAAGCCGACGAGCAGCCGACGCUAAAGCUUGGUCCGGUGAGCUUCAGAGAAGGGGCGGGUACGUCAAGAUGCAGAUCUUCGUGAAGACCCUGACGGGAAAGACCAUCACCCUCGAGGUCGAGAGCAGCGAUACAAUCGACAAUGUCAAGGCCAAGAUCCAGGACAAGGAAGGUAUCCCGCCGGACCAGCAGCGACUAAUCUUCGCGGGGAAGCAGCUCGAAGACGGCCGCACCUUGGCCGACUACAACAUCCAGAAGGAGUCCACCCUUCACCUUGUUCUUCGCCUUCGCGGUGGCAUCAUUGAACCUUCCCUCCAGGCGCUCGCCCGCAAGUACAACCAGGACAAGAUGAUCUGCCGCAAGUGCUAUGCACGGCUGCACCCCAGGGCUGUUAACUGCCGCAAGAAGAAGUGUGGCCACAGCAACCAGCUGAGGGCAAAGAAGAAGAUCAAGAACUGAAGCUUGCCAAAUCGGUUCCUUGCAUGGUUUGCGUCAACAAGACGAAGUUUCAAAGCUUUUGUAGCUGCAUAGGCUGCUGCAACGUUUUUCAGUCGUAACUCGUGUGUUCCUGUUCAGGGUCUUCAGCAUGACAUAAAUCGUUUCAGAAGUCUAGUAAUAUUAUUACUAUAUGGUGUCAUGUCGUAUUGUGGCUCUUCCUUUUUGUUGCUGUUGUGCUGCAGUAGAGGGAAACGUUCCAUAA